AUGAAGGAUUUGAAAGACCCUCGGAUAGACGACUUGAUCGAGCAUAAGACAGUCAAAUGCUGGAUGGGCCCGAAUAAGCAUUGUGUUCUUUAUCCCAUCGGCGGUGGACAAGUAUUCAACCUUGUCAUUAUAUGCCCAGAUGACAUACCCAAAGAUAUGAGACAGGCGCCUGGGGAUGUGGAGGAGAUGCGAGCUUUGUUUGUCAGCUGGGAUGAAAGACUGAUAAAAAUGCUGUCAUGUGUCCCGUCCGUUUUAAAAUGGAAGCUGUGUCACCACGAAGAAUUGCAAUCGUGGAGGAAGGGCCCCAUAGCCUUGCUUGGCGAUGCAUGCCAUCCAACACUGCCAUAUCAAGCGCAGGGCGCAGCAAUGGCGGUAGAAGAUGGCGCUGUUCUGGGAAAGCUGCUUGGGCAGUUGGAGAGCUCAGGUCUAUAUCAUGAUCGGACCAGAGACACUGUACUGGGCAUGUUGGAGAUCUACGAGAACUUACGAAAGUCCAGGACCACCAUCAACGUUCAGGGAGCAAGGUCAAAUCAGCGUGCAUAUCAUUUGCCAGAUGGCCCCAUUCAGGAGUCAAGGGAUGCUUGGCUAAGGUCUGAACCUAGAGGAGCUUCACCCGAUGGUUUCACUCUCGCUGACACGGCCUACCUCGAAGUUAUUCUGGGAUUUGAUGCCUUGGAGGAAAGUGUCGAUGCUUUCGAGCAUUGGAAAGCUGGCCAGUCACAAACUUUGCCGAGAUACAAUUUGUAG